GACUCCCUGCUGCAUUCUGGGUGCUCCUUCACAUUCACCUCACACACAGAGACAUGGCGGGUCGGUUCUGCUUCACCUCCGCCUUUCUGCUGCUCUUUAUGUUGCAGCUUUCUGCCUCCAGUCUAAGUAAAGUCGUGGUCCAGACGGACGAACCCAUAGGAAUCUUCCUGCUGAUUGACGGAGGAAGAUACACUUUGAACUUCACCGAAGCACAAGCGGCGUGUUCGUUUCUGAAGGUCACCAUAGCAACUAUAGCGCAGAUGAAGGAAGCAGUACGGCACGGACUGGAGACAUGCAAGUAUGGCUGGGUGGCUGAGAAGACGGCGGUCGUCCCACGGAUAACAUCUGACAAGAACUGUGGAAAAGGAAACACGGGGCUGGUCCUGUGGAACACGCCGCCUUACAGCAAAUUUGCAGUGUACUGCUUCAACGCUUCAGCGCUUACGGAUCAGAACCAAACUCUGGACCCGUCCACAGCCACCCCACAGUCUCCCGGCUCCUCCACCUUACCGGAAGCUCUGGGCCCAGCCUCGUCAUCUGCUGCUCCUACCUCCAGAUCAUCCACCCAGAGUCCGCCUGCAGUGGGAAACACAUCUAUACCUCAGCCCACCGAGCAGGCGCCUUCAGCUACAGCCUCUGUUACCAAGGCAACAGACUUGUCUUCAUCUUCCUCCCCUGUCAAACACCUGUCCUCACAUAUUCCCGCUUCUCCUCAUCGUCUCAUCACCUCCACGCCCGCUGGUGUCACUUUUAGCUUUCCAACCUCCACUCAGUCCCCAAGUUUGUCCGUUUCCUCUGAGCCGGGGCUGGAACCUUCCGUUGGCUCAACACGCCCCCUGCUGGACGGUAAACAUUCCUUAUUUUGCUCUCUGUUUCACUGGCUUUACUGUCACAGGCUGGCAAAUCGUAUUUUACAUGAAAAAAGACCACCAAAAGAUGAGCUGCUCAUAUCAGCCUCAUCAGUCUCAGCAUCGUUUUCCUCCUUCUCAGCGCAGCGACGGCUUGGUGGUGUUACAAAUCGAAUGACCUCCGCUGGUAUGCCCGGCGCCAUAAGGACGACGUGGAGACGGAGAUGUGGAGGAACUCCCACGGUGAGCUGGACCUACUCAGUGAAGACGGAGCAGCAGUGGAACAUGAUGAAGAGCUGUACUCCAGUGACGUCACACUGUGUGUGAAUACCGGGAUGGAAACAAACUCUGCAGAGUAGCUGAUGUUUCUGCUGCCUGGUUUAGUUUUUUUCUCAGGCCUGGAUGAGGCACAACAGACUGAACCCAUCUGGAAAUCACUGGACAACAGGAAAGAAGCCGUUUAUCACCGAUGAAGCUGACCAGCCAUAGUUGGUUAGACUCCUUUUUUGCCAACGUGGUUUAAUAUUUUUGAUGUUUUCUAAUGACGUUGGGUGAUUCAAGAAGCAGCCAUGUUUGUAUUGCUCUUUACUUUGAAGUAAUGGUGAAAUAUAUAGAUGUAGAGAUUAGGAAUACAACAAUAAGAAAAUUUGGGCUGAUAUUGGUAACUGAUAUGUUAUUACUCUUGUGGCUGAUAACCAAUAUCUUAUAUAUCUCACUACCCUUUUGAAACCUAUAAAAAAAGCUACCUGGCUGCUGAUAGUUAAACUCCCCACAAUCCUUUGCUACAUCACUGCCACUGUCACAUGGCCAACCUCUUUCCCUCUCCCUCCAGAAACAAACAGCAACAAGAUGGAAAUAAAUAUCGGUAGAUUAUAUUGGCCCACUUUUAUUUAUCGGACCAAUUCUGAUAUGUUAACAAAUGACAAAUCGGCCAAUACCGACGUUAGUGCCGAUACAUCGUGCAUCCCUAGUAGCCAAUAUGUCGGAAUGGAAAACCAUCAGUACACUACAAUAAAACAGUACUAUAGUAACAUCAACAUCUUUCAUAUUCCUUAUUCAGCAUUCGGUCGCCAUGUCAACGCCAUUGUUCAUUUAACAUGCUGUAUUGUUUACCCAGAUUGUUGAUUUUUCUGGUUGCGGAUGUUUUCAGUGCACAUUUACAGACUGGUGGUGAGUUCAGUUUAAGUCUGAACUUUGACUGGACCAUCAGAUGCGCUUGGUUCCAUUUAAAGUAUUCUAUUGCAUUUCUGGCUGCCUCAUCAGUGUUAUAAUCAUUGUGCGCAGGAAGUGGUGAAUCCUUGUUUACCGAACCGCGAAUAUAAGCCGGGGUCCACAGUAUUAUAUAUUAUUUUAUACAUCCAAGCUGUCAUGUGAGAAUGUCAACGUCAUAAAUGGAAAAACCAACAUUGCGUUUAUAUCAAUUAAGGGGAAGUUAAGUAUGCUAACAUAGCAAUAGUAACAUGCUAAAUGUUAGAAUAUCAUGUUUAGCACCAAAUACCACUAUAACUCAAAAAAUACGUGGAGAGUAAUAAGUAUUAGCAAAUUAUAUCAACCCAUCCAUGCACUGUAUGACAACAAUAGAUGUUUGAUUCUUGUUCUCGGGUGGAAACAAUUACAAGAACUACUUUAAGAAGACAUAAAGAAAUAAUAAAAAGCAUCUUUUUUUUUUCUA